AUGAAAUUUGACCUGAGCAUCCACUGCAAACGUCUGGGUGAGAUCCCGCUGGGGGCGCAGGACACCAACACUGUCUCGGUUAUAAAACAGGUGAUCCAACGGGUCACAGAAAUCCCCAUGGAUAAACAAACUCUGACGCUUGACGACACAGUCCUGGAAGAUUCCCGCAAGCUGACGGAAUAUGGCAUAACGAAGGAGUCGACUCUACUUCUUAUCUUACCGCUAGGAAUUCCGGAGCUUAUUGCAGUUAGAAUAACCCUGCCCGGUGGGAAAUUUAUCCGGCUCUGGGUCGACGAAAAGGCCACCGUAGAGAGCCUAAAAGAACGCCUGUUGUUGCUGCGAGACUGGCCCGUUGGAGGUUAUGAACUGGAGGCGGACGGCGUGCUUUUGCGAGACAGCCACAUGCUGAUGGCGUGGGGCGUGAAAAAUGGAUCUGUCCUCAAGGUCAAGCCUUAUGCUGACGGACAUUUGAAAUGA